AUGGGGGUGAAGGCGCUCCUGGCCCUGCUGGGGCUGUGUGCGGGGCCGGCGGCUCUGACGCAAGGUGCUGCGCCACAGGACUUCGACUUCACCAAGUUUUCAGGCCUCUGGUACGAGGUUGCCUUUGCCUCUAAGGAGGGGGAGCUGGGCCCCCCUCACAAGCUGGAGAAGAUGGGGGGUGUGCUGAUAAAGGUGGAGGAGAAUCGCAUCUCCCUGAGCACCACCUACUUCAGCGAGGAGGGUUGUGUGCUGGAGCAGGUCGGGGCCUUCCCGGGAAAUGCUCCAGGGAAGUUCAAAGUCAUCAGAAAAUCUGGAGACAAAGAGAUUGAGAUCUUGGACACAAACUACAACUCCUACGCCAUCAUGAACAUCUCUCUCCACGUAGCCGGGGCGGUGCGGACGAUGAUGAAGCUUUACAGCCGGACUCCCGCUCACAACAAGGACUCGCUGAGCAAGUUCCACGAAGUGGCCCAGGAGCGCGGGUUCACAGGCUCAGACAUACACCUGUUCGAGCAGGACUGUGAUGACCUGUCUGUCUGUACUGCAGAAGCCCUGGCGGGACCCCAGGGCCCGGUGUCCUGGCCGGGAGGGAGGGCUGCACAGGACCCCAGCAGCGCUGAGCACGGCUCCGGGGACGUCUGCACAGAACUCAACGCCAUGGGACCCCAGGCGGCCACGGGGCUCUGGAGGGGGAUGUGGGGAGGGGAGGACAGCCUGGUGCUCACUGGAGCUGAUGUAGAGCACCUCUGGCCCUGGUCUGAGUCUACAGCCUCUGGCCCCGCGCUUCCACACCCUGCCCUGGGCACCACCUGCUCCCAUCCGAAUAAACCUGCUGUGAAUGCUGUCCAGUGA